GAGACCUUCCACCACUUACAUGUCACAUAAAAACGCGCACAGUACAGUUCUCCGAUUCAGAAUAACCUGCUCUCACUUCUUGAUUGCACCCUCUCCAAGGACAAGAAUUUUAUGCAACUAUUUUUUUUUUUCUAUUAAGCUGGACACAAAGACACACUCAUUGAAGCUGAGACCAUCUAAGCUCAUUCUUUGCUCUUGGCAUUGGUUUGGGCCAUGCUGGACCUGAAGAAGUACCUCACAGAGGGCCUGAUUCAAGUGGCUAUUGUUCUCAGUCUGGCUGGGAUGCAUGUGGACGUGGAUCCUUACCUGCCCCCUCUCAGCGAAAUCAUUUUGGACCCGAGUUCAGCUAUACCUCAGACCCAAUUCCACAAUCUUCGAAACAUCCUGGAUGGAUGUAACCUACAUCCAAAGAGCAUAGACCUAGAUGGGUUCUUCACAACCCGCAGGCUCUUGAGUUGUGUGCGAUCCCUCGAUCGUCUGCAGGUGCCAGCAGCGGAGCUGGAAGCCUGGUUGGUCCACAGGGAGCCUGAGAAUGGAGUAUCUAUUUCGGCCCAGAUGGGCCUCCUUGUGGAGGAUGACGGACUUGAGGAUGUGGAGGACUCCUCAGAGCUAAGCAUGAGGUUGGGAAGUGGAGGAGAAUUGGGAUAUGACUUAGCUGAAGAUGAAACUCUAGGCACUUUGGGGCAUAUGUCAAGAGGCCUCAACAAUUCAGACCACGAUGACCUAAUUAAAGAGGAGGGAGAUGGUAUGACUUUAUUGUGGGAACAGGGACCUCAGCAAAACAUCCACCAGGACCAGUUGGAAAAUGUAGGAAUCCAACCUCUCACCUUGUUUGAUGAUGAUGAGGAGGAGAAGGAGGAGGAGGAAGAUGAGUUUAUGGUGGAUGGCUGGAGAAAUACAAAUCCAUUUAGCAGCCAAAUGUUUGGAGAGGAUGUACAGUUGUCUGGCAUAAGGGAGGACACUUCUCAUUCCAUUGAAGAGUGCUUGCGUUUCAUCGAUGUUAACGUCUCAGAAGAGGAUCCAGAGCUGACAGGUCCUGAUGUUCAGAAUGUAGAGGAACAUACACUUCAGUUCCAGAGGCCCCUACUCUCGCCCUUGUUGCCUGAACAGGAAUCCACAUUCAGCCUAGAGCAACAGUGGCAAGAUGUAUUGGCCAUCAUGGAGUCACAGGGCAUGGAUACAGUUGAAACAAUUAGUGAUUCUGUCCUCAGUAUGAGUGAGUCAGACAGGAAUAUUGGAUCCAUGGAAAACUUUAUUCAUCAGGAUGUUAGCCUUCACCAAGCCACCCUGCCAACAAUCAAUGAAGGUCCCAGCACAAACAGCAUCAUGAUGGACGAAAACUCCAUGCAAAACAUCAACUUGGAAACCUCUUCUAAUGUAAACGUAGCUUUUGAAGACUCUGAUAUCAUAGAUCUCCUUCUGACCCCUGGGACUAAUAGUUCAGUUAACAGUAACUACCUACCUACCUUGUUUGAGCAAGAAGGCCUAACAGUCCCUUUAGAUUCUCUUUUGGAAGAGGCCAUGCUUGAUGAAAUUGGCCUUAUGGAUUUUGCAUUGGAAAGAUUUAGCCAGACACAAUUUGCCCAAUUUGAGGAGCAAAACCAAGCAGAUUCUGACUCUGGUUUAUCCCUUAACUAUAGCCAAAGCCCCACUUCCACUAGUAGAUCUAUGUCUUCUAGUUCCUUAUCAUCUUCAUGCUCCUCAUCACCUUCCAGCCCAUCACCUGGUUUGAUGCCCGAGGAAGGGGCUGUGGGCUACACCAGUGUCAAGGAAGAGGAAGGAGCUGUAGGUGGCUACACGCCAGAACAAACAAAAAUGUGUCAUAGAAGUUAUUUGGAAGCCAGGCAGUUUCAUCGUCUCCCCUGGCUUGAGCACAUUGGGCAUGAUCAUACCUACAACCAACCUCAAUCUUUCAGCCAGAAAAAAUCUCCAAAACAGCCCUUCGAUGAUCCGUUUGAGGAAAAUACGCUGGAGCAUAUGUCGAGUCGGGAUGAGAAACAUGCUCGUGCCUUGAAUAUUCCAUUCCCCAACGAAUGUAUCAUAAAUUUACCUGUUGACGAGUUCAAUGAGUUGCUAGCAAAAUAUCAUCUCAACGAGGCUCAGCUCACGCUUAUCAGAGACAUACGUCGCAGGGGUAAAAACAAAAUGGCUGCUCAAAACUGUAGACGAAGGAAACUAGGUAUCUUACUGGGAUUAGAGCAUAGCGUAGAUGGCCUGCGACGCCACCGUGCCAGACUGCUCAGGGAAAAGUCUGAGAUCUCGUGCUCACUCAGGGAAAUUAAGCAACGCCUAAACAGUCUGUAUCAAGAGGUAUACGAGAGGCUAAGAGAAGAACAGGGACUGCUCUACUCUGACAGCAACUUCACCUUGCAGCAAGACAGCGUCAGCCCUGUUACACUCGUUUCACAACGCAGAUCAAAUUCACACUCCAAACGUAAACUUGGCAAGAGACAAAAAGACAAAAAGUGAAAGGGAGGACAAAGGUGAUAAGCUAAUGUUCAUUAGUUCUGCAGGCUAGACAAUGAAAUCACAAGAUCCAGUGAAAACAGGCUCAGGAGAAAUGCUCUCUACUGUGAAGUCUACCUGCUGGUUUUCCACGGUUCAAAGGAAAUUUGCACCAGGCAGGGUGUUUUUAACCCAAGGGAUCAUACAUAAAUAUUCACUACACAGCCUGUGUUGGCACAUAACACAGCUUGCAAGAACCCAAAGUUCCACAGAAAUAAUGUUAUUUUAAGAUCCAGAGUUGUAAGACAAGGCAAAUAAUGCAAAAGAAAUGCAUGGAAAGGAGGGAAAUUCAGACUGGGCUACAAGAAAUGAAGCCUUUUUCAUGGGCUUGAUGUGAACAUGACAUUGCAUGCUCCACAGCAGACAUUAACCAGACAAUCUAUGCAACAUUGCCUUGCCAAAGUGUGCACUCAGAGAAAGUCUGUAAGAGCUAGGGCACCAAUUGGGAUAUUAUAAUUGGCCUCACAUUACAUGACAGCAAUAAAUAUCCAAUACUUAAAGUAUGGAUUCAAAACUAUGGCCUCUCGUCUUAACACACAGAGCCCCCUUGAAUUUCAAGGAUUUUGACCUACAUGAGAAAUGGAUUUGUCUGUCUCGUUUAAUUGAUCAGUGGUUCUCACCCUUUUUGACUCCGAGGCGCAGCAUUGACCAAGAUUAUUUUCAAAGCCCCCAAUCUGGAGUGACGAUAGAUUACAACAAUUUAUCACAAUUUCAUGAUUCCCGAGGUUUCAAUAACUGUUAGUUUUGCAUGCUGUAGGCCUAAAUCUUGAUUUUGUGCCUUUACCAAUGUAAUUAUUUUAACUGGUCAUCUUGCCCCCUUGAAAGUAUAUUGAGGCCCCAGUUCCCUGGUUCAGAACUACUGUAAUAGAUCACAUUACUGUAAUGUAAUGGUAAAAUAUACGUGUACAAAAUAUAGUUUAUGCAACUUGAUUUACAUUGUUUUGUAAAAUAAAAACAAUUUAUAUUAAAUUGUUUAUGCACAUUGUUAAAUAUUUUGCAGUGAAUUUAUAUUGACAAGCUGGGAUUGUUCUUUUGUUUUAAUUAAAAGAUGUUCAUUAUACUGCAUUUUCUAAUGCAUGAAUUCUUCAAUUCAAUAAAAAAAAAUGUUGUAAAGAAAUGCACUGAAAAAGAAUUAAUAAUAAAAAAAAAAAAAGUGUU